UCCGCUUAUUGAGCGCUUUUCGACUUUGUGCCUUGUGCCCUCGGUUCUUUACGCGUAGUGCGCAAGAACCAGCGACAAAGGGCCCAGUGCGCAUGUAUACUCAGUCGCCGCCGGCCCUGCAGCGGUUGGAGCAAGGGAGCUGUGGACUGCUGUGGAGCGCUCUCCUCUCCCAGUAUCCGCCGCCACACCAGCCACACCGCCACUUGUUGAGCAGCCGGCAAGCGCAACACAUUACUGAUCCGCUUCGUGCGUCGCACGGACAGCGAGCACGGACACGCAGUCUUCGUCGCUGAAGCGCGUACAAACGGUCACGCAAUGCUCAAGCUCGUCGCCACCAAAUUGCCCGGCGCGCACACGAAAUGGGCGAGCAUUAUUCCACGUCCCCGCCGAACCGAGUUCCGCCGAUCGUGGAUGAGCGCUGCGAGCAAGGAGGAUUUCGACCUCAUCCGCUGUCAGUCAACGGUGUUGCCGGGUCCUGAAAGGAUAAGAGUUGGCAAUGUUUGCAACGUGCCAGAAACAGCGGUGACAACUGUGUAUGAAGCCCUUUUAAGUGGACAACGCAUGAACAAAAACAAGAAGGCCUGUGGCUACUGGAGCAAAGACCUGAAAGAGCUUCACUGGAUAAGCUAUGAUGAGCUCCUGGAAAAAUGCCAAAUGUUCGGGUCUGGACUGCUGGCCCUCGGGCAAGUACCUCGUGAGAGCACCGUCAUGAUCAACUGUAAGACUGGCCUUGAGUACGUCAUCUCAAACUACUCCCUGAACCACUACUCCAUGGUUUCAUGUCCUGUCACAGCCAACGCCGAUCUUGAGGCCACAUCAUUUGUUCUCCAACAAGUGGAGAGCUCCGUAUUUAUAUGCGACUCUGUGGACAAAGUACAAUACUUCAUCAGCAAAAAAAAGGAAUUUCCAGCUCUAAAAACUAUUGUAUGUGCUGACGACAUUUCGCGGGACAUUACCGCUGCAUGUCGCAGCAAGGGAGUGGAGCUGGUGCUGUGGAGUGAUUGUCUGAAACUUGGUUCAAAAUCUGUCCAGGACCCCAUUCCACCAACGCAAGACAUGCUUUAUGGACUUCUCUAUACAAGUGGAACAACAGGAAUGCCCAAGGGAGUGCCUGUCACACACAAGAGACUCGUGAAGACAGCCAAUUCCAUCAACCAUCUGGCAGGGCCAAUGAGGGCAGAGCCAGGCCAUGUCUGUUUCUGCUACCUGCCGACAGGCCACAUUUAUGAGCACAUCUAUGAGGUGACAACACUGAUGCGUGGUGCAACCCUGGGUUUCUACCGAGGAAAUGUGCAGCUUCUCUUGGAUGAUAUGAAAGCACUGAAACCUCACAACCUUCCCAUGGUGCCUCGUCUUCUCAAUCGCAUCUAUUACAAGGUUCACUCUGAAAUUCACAAGAGUGCCAUCAAGACAGCAGUGUUCAACUAUGCUGUGAACCGGAAACGCAAGCUGCUUAAGAAGGGCAUCGUGACAACUGACACAGUCUGGGACAAGUACGUUUUCAAGAAGAUACGUGAAGAGCUUGGUGGAAACUUUCAAUAUGGCUUGACAACCUCUGCACCAGCCAAGGCAGAAGUGCUGGAGUUCUUCAGAUGUGUUUUUGGAUGUCAUCUUGUUGAGGUUUAUGGCAGCACUGAAGCCAGUGUGAUUUCAAGCACCUUACCUUAUGACUUUGUGGGAGGAGACAAUGUUGGCUGCCUUUUCCCUGAAGUUGAAAUGAAGCUGGUUGACGUUCCAGAGAUGAACUACUUGUCAAAAGAUGACAAGGGAGAGAUCUGCAUUCGCAGCCCUUUGACCUUCCAAGGUUACUUCAAAAAUCCCAAGGAAACUGCAAAUGCAGUGCUUGAAGGUGGCUGGGUGCUCACAGGAGACAUUGGGAUGUGGACAUCGACAGGAGCACUCAAGGUUAUCGACAGAAAAAAGGACUUCUUCAAACUCUCUCAGGGAGAGUUCAUUUCACCUGACCGGAUUGAAAGUGUCUACAGCAUGAUGGACUAUGUUGCAACAAUAUUUGUUACAGGAUGCCCAACGCAGUCCUUUUGUGUUGCCAUUGUUAUUCCUCAUGAGGAGCCUUUAAGGGACCUUGCUGCUUCCUGUGGUCUCAGCAAAAAGGCAUCUUUGUCUGAAAUAUGUCAAAAUCUGACUGUACGCAAGACUUUGCUCAAGGAGAUGCAGAAGCACGGCAAAGAAAGCGGCUUGAGCUCUCUUCAUCAGGUUCACAAUGUGCACCUGCAUAUAGAGAGUGACUUGCUGGCCUCUGGACUUGUGACAAACACACUCAAGCUCAAGCGGAAUGUCGCACGACAGCAGUUUGCCAAUGUCAUCCAAGACCUGUACAGUGAAGGCCAGCUUCUUAGCACGUGACACCACACUGGCGUCAACCCCGCAAAAUGUUCGGCGCAUCAAAGAUCAUCAAACCAUUCACUUUUCACUAUGCUAGAACAGCAUAUUGGUAGACUGUCACUAUGUACCACUGCUGUCAUUGCUUUUGCUUUAAAUUACACCAGACUGGCACCCAAACUGACACUAUGACCAAAUGUUAAAGCCAGUUUCAACGAGAGAUUAGUGUUUCGAAUGUAAAAGUUUGCUUUCAUGUUUCAAACUCGGUGAAUUACAUGCACACGCAAAGAUCUUUACAUCUUGCUGUCCUUGAGGCUGUAAAGAGAAACACUUUGCCAUUAACAAGGAACAAAGAUCUCUGCAUUUCACUGUGUAGACUGCUGACCCGGUGAUGAUUACAUCAUGUUGAUAGGUAUUACAGUCGUAUUAUUUGAAAUGCUUCAGUGGCAGCUAUUAUCGCCGCUCUGUUUUAGCACGUACGAGCACUUAUUCUUCCACCUGGUCAUCUGUUGCGCUUGCAACGAUGUUUUGUAUCGGGAUCAUAGAAAUCAAACACCUGUUCUAUGUACGUGGGUUGCAGUUUUUUGGAAGGUCUUGUGGAGCAUAUAUAUAAAUAUAUAUUUUUCGAGUGGCUAUGUACAACUUAUAUUUACUCAAUUGUCUGUUACUUUACAAACAGACAAGACGCACUCCAUUUGUUAGUUCGCAUUAUAUAUACACAUUCUUUGCAAUGUGAAUACGGCGACACUAACUUCCUGACAGCUUUUUUUUUUUAUGAUCACACUGUAUGCUUGUUGUAUAUUACUGUUGCGCAUGUGUGCCUAUAAGCUGAACCGUGAUGUAUUUUUUUAACAAUUUUGUGCUGGUGCAUAAAGAACAAACUCUCAACGUAUUUUGUACUUCUACAAAAUGGAGCUGUCUGACGCAUUGUUUGCUCAAUUGAGAUUAUAGUUAUGAGGCAUCGAGACAUUGUUGAGAACCGCUGCUCUUAUACAAAUAUUACAUUGAAAUGGGAUUGCCAAUAAAAAUUCCACAGUAUUGUCUAAGCCAAAAUAGAGAGCCAGAACCCGAGGAAUGCUCCAUGCUUCAAAAGACAAUCUUCAUAGCAUGCCUUCAAUUUCCAAGUUCCACACCUAAUUAGAAAAAUUCAAUUCUUUUGGCUCCCUUGUUUUCUGAGCUUUUAUGGACACUUAUAUAUAAUGCAUGCAUAUGUGCAUUCUUUUCAUGCAUGGCACUUAUUAACAUGUAGUGCAAUGUUUUUUCCGGGUCAGUGCAUUGAAUAUCUUUUUUUCUUUCUUGCCAGUUUCAAAAUUUAAAAGAAGAGACUGUGUGAAGAAACUGUCUGCCUGAAUGUGAUCAUUGCAUCUUAAUUGAGCUCUACAAUGGAGGAUCCAAUAGUAGACUAUGUUCUCUGUCAUGCCGAACUCUGCUCAAGAGGUGGAGCAGUUCAGUGACACAGUGAUGUUAUGCAGUGUAAAUGACACGAGUGUUUCUUUCACCUCUUACACUGUAGGUGGUUAGCCACUGAACGGCAAGUCCGUACAUUUUAGAAGUGGCAUUGUUCAACGUUCACAUGUUUGGGGUCUUUUAGAGCUUCUUAUGUUUCCCGUUUAUACAUCAGGCGUAUGCCAUCUGCUUGGGUGGGCUAGUAAUUCAAUGUGAUGAAACGGUGCAAGUCUUUCCCGGUGAUAGACAUACAGCUGCAUGUUGCUUCGUUGUGCACCUCUAGCUGUUUUUACUGAUGUCCUGUGAUCUGUACAUAACUCUUUUAACGCUGUUUGCAAUAAAAAGUAUUUCUCGAA